GGGGGAACGCUGAAAUAAUUCAGAGACGACUACAACAAUCAGAAGAAGGUUCCCGCUCAAAAGACGAAACGCUGAAUCUUCUUCUUCCAUCAACUAGCUUCCUUCCGCGCCAAACUAAAAUCCAACCAUGGAAUUCUCCUCUUAGUAUUUGCCUCCGAACCGAUUCAGAAUCGUCUCGUGUCCAAUCUGACUAAUUCAUCGUCUCUCCUUCCUAACCGUCAACGCCAAUCCCAAAUGUUCUCCGAAUCUCCCAAGCUGGUACGGCAGCAAGAAAGUGGACUCCCUUUUCUUUAUCAGAGGCCACCGAAUCUCAUAUUCCCAUCUCCAAUUCCAAUUUUGCUAAACACCGCAUGAUUUUUUAUUUUUUAUUUUUGGUAAAAACCCCAUGAUUUUUUUUUCUUCAAAUUGGGAACUUGUUCGGUGGUCGGUCCAGUUUUAUUCUGACUUUCUUCAGUGCUCCCUUUUUCACCUCUUUUGUGGCUGGCAAUUUUGUAUUUCCAGUUCCCUGAAGAAUCCGAUCCCAUUCCCAAUUUCCGUCCUUUUCCUCUGUUUUUACUUGCAGCUGGAAUUGGAAACCCCUAAGUUCUCGCUCUAUAAAUAUGCACAUGGAAAUGGAAGAGUCAUGUACCACAAAUCACCUGCUAUAGGCUGCUCCAAGAACCCAUCUUUCUGGUAUGUUACUUCUAUUGCAUCAUUUUAUCAAAAACGGGAUCUUGGAAAUUCGUAUUGGUUUCAUCGUUGAUAGUGUUUUGCGAAUUGAAUUUGUAAAGUUUUAUAUGUUUUUGUCUUUUUGAUAAUGUAAAUGCCUCUGUAAUUGGGAGCUGGAGAUUAUACUUACUGAUCAUGAUCAGUUUUUGUUGUUUUUUUAAAGAUCAUCCAGAAAAAAAAUAUCUUUAGUUGAAGUUCCACUACAAAGCUUACAAGUACCAUGAUAAGCCUUGAAAAUACUGUAUGUUCUUUGUACAUUGGUGCACGUGUUGAUGUUAUUAUGGUUUUGAUGACUUCAAUUUACAUGCAGGGAAAGUUAUUCUUCCUUCUCAUUUGAUCUAGAAUCAAAUCUUUCAAGUUUUCAGUUUAUCAGAUAUGGGCUACCUGAGCAACGUAAGCCCUGAUCUGUUUCCAUCUUCGUUCCAUUAUUUUCCCCAUGAAUCUAUUAUGCUAAGUAUAUUAGUUUGGAUCUUCAUGCUUGUCAGUUUUACUAUCUGAUUUCAUCUCGCACCAAAAUGCAGGGAUGGGAUGAAAAUGCUCAGCAGAUGGAUUCUGUGGCUGUGCUACGCAAUGGGAAAGAGAUUUUGUUUCAGGCCUUCAAUUGGGAGUCUCACAAGUAUGAUUGGUGGAAAAAUCUAGAAGAAAAGGUUCCUGAUAUUGCAAAAUCUGGCUUUACAUCAGCCUGGUUGCCUCCACCAAGUCAGUCACUUGCACCUGAAGGUUAUACUCCACAGAACCUUUACUCUCUGAAUUCUGCAUAUGGUUCUGAUUACCUCUUAAAAGCUUUACUCGGUAAGAUGAAACAGUACAAAGUUAGAUCGAUGGCUGAUAUAGUAAUAAAUCAUCGAGUUGGAACUACCAGAGGACAUGGUGGAAUGUAUAAUCGCUACGAUGGGAUUCCAUUACCAUGGAAUGAACGCGCUGUUACAUCUUGCACCGGUGGCCUGGGUAAUAGGAGCACUGGGGCCAACUUUAAUGGUUUUCCAAAUAUUGAUCACACUCAAGACUUCGUGCGGAAAGAUCUAGUGGGUUGGCUAAGAUGGCUUCGAUAUAAUAUUGGAUUCCAAGAUUUCCGUUUCGAUUUUGCUAGAGGUUACGCGCCAAAAUAUGUGAAGGAAUACAUAGAGGGUGCAAGACCUAUCUUUUCUGUUGGGGAAUAUUGGGAUUCCUGUAAAUACAAUGGCUCUUAUUUGGAUUACAACCAAGACAGCCAUAGGCAAAGAAUCAUUAACUGGAUUGAUGGCACGGGGCAACUUUCAACUGCAUUUGAUUUUACGACAAAGGGAAUUCUGCAGGCAGCCGUGAAAGGAGAAUUUUGGCGCCUGCGCGAUGCUCAAGGAAAACCACCUGGUGUAGUGGGAUGGUGGCCGUCAAGGGCUGUCACGUUCCUUGAUAACCACGACACGGGUUCAACUCAGGUUCUUGACUUAAGGCUUCUUAAUACAGUUUUGUGUUUAGCUCAAUAGUCUAGUCAGUCUCUAGAGUGGUCAUGGUAUGUUCUCAGAAUCCGUAAGAGUAUGUUUAAGAACUCAUGACAUCUCAUUUACUUGUUUCCUAUCAUGCAGGCUCACUGGCCGUUCCCUGGAAAUCACGUUAUGGAGGUAUUUUAUGAGAUAUUUAUAAUUACUUUCAGGUUUUCCCUUUUGGCUUCUUAGUAUAACUUUUUAGUUUGACAUUGUGUAGUACAUUUACGACCUAUUUGACACGAAUGGUGUAUUCCAGGGUUAUGCCUAUAUCCUUACUCAUCCAGGGAUCCCAUGUGUAUUCUAUGACCAUUUCUAUGACUGGGGCAAUGCCUAUCAUGACGAAAUCGUUAAGCUGGUAAGUUGUUACUUGAAUUAUUUUGUCAAAAAUCAAAAUACAUCUCAGGUCUGAAGUGGGUUAUGAAUAACAAUGGCUCCAAAUGCAAAUGCAGAUGGGAAUCCGUCGGUCUCAAGGGAUACAUAGCAGGUCAUCGAUACAAAUCAUCAAUGCGGAGCAAAAUUUGUAUGCUGCAAUGAUUGGGGAUAGAAUCUGCAUGAAAAUAGGCGAUGGUUCGUGGUGUCCAGCCGGGAGGGAGUGGACACUGGCAACUAGUGGACACAGAUAUGCAGUUUGGAAGAAGUGAGUAUAAUUCCUUCCUUUUAAUGACCGAGUUUGAGAGUUUGAAAACAUCAGCUCCUCCCCCAUCACAAUGGAGUAUAGGUUGCAUUAUUUUCUCGUAUCCCUGAUGUGAUAGUGAUAUAAAUAUAUAAUAAUAUACUCUGUUCGUCUUAUUUCAAUAGUGCAGUUUUAAGUGAACGAUUUAAGUGGGAGGGAGAAUAUGUAAUAGAAUUAGCCGUGCUAAACUAAAUUAAAAUAAACCAUGUUAAAUAAAUGAUUUUUUUUUCUUUUCGAGAGAUUGAAAUGAUAAUUUAAGCAAUUUCUU